AGGCAUAUGCUUCGAUCAACUAUCUCUCUCUAAAGAUUUGUAUAUACAUAACAAGAGAAAGAGGAGAUCAAUAACAUGUCUGAUUGGGGACCAGUUUUUGUCGCGGUGACGCUUUUCGUGUUGCUAACUCCGGGGCUGCUGAUUCAGAUUCCAGGGAGAAACCGAGUAGUUGAGUUUGGAACAUUUCAGACAAGUGGUGUUUCGGUUAUUGUUCAUACCCUAGUCUACUUCACUCUUGUUUGUAUUCUCUUGAUCGCUAUCCAAGUUCACAUGUAUAUCGCCUAAUCGAAUAAAAUAAAAAACCUCUCCAUUUUUGUGCUAGCUUUACUUUAGGAUUUUAUUUCAGUUGAAUUGUGUGUCGUUAACAUUUUUAUUUGGUACAAGUAACAAAGUGGUCUCAAAGUACUACAAUAUUAUUUCACUUGACUUGCUUGUAAUAUUUCUUUUCAAAUGGGAUUGUAUGUAAUUCAUAUUAACAUAUGUAUGUAGAAAUGUUAAAGUUAUAUGAUAUACCUAUAUACAUCGUUCUA